UUAUUAUUUCUUCCGGCGUUCGUGCGCAACAUCGAACGGAGUGUUUUUGAAAAGGGGCGGAUCGGCAUGUUCAUUGCAAUUCAACGAGCACAUGAACUAUAUUCCAUUAUCGCAGCGAAGUUUGAUUUCGCCGAUUUUGUUUCCCGUCGUUCCUUGAGCCGCCUUGAAGUCUGUCUGAAGGCCACUCACUCUCUCACUUCGUCCAUCUGCCCCACUAAUUCGCGAUUUUUAUUGCGUUAUUGUAUGUUAAUUUGAACGAGGAAACAAACGCAUUGACGGACUGAGUAAACGUGGCAUACGAAAGUUCAAUUUCCCUCUCAACUAUUAUUUUUGUUUUGCAUCAAGGUUUGUCGUCAUUCUCAAGGUCAGAAACUUUUAUUUGUAUCCUUGUUUACUGGUGGAACAUUCCAAUGAAACGCCGUGUUUGUCUUUCUCCGUGAGACGACUUCCGGGACGCGAUACGAACUCGCUGACUCCGGGGAUCUUUUCGUUAAAUUUCGGUGACCAGCCUAGCCCGCAGUGGGUGCAGUGUUGACGCUUUUAUUGGCACACCCGUGAGCAGUUGAAACCUGACACAGUAAAACAGCGGAUGUGGAAGGAUGAGGCCGAUUCAUUUCAUUCGGCGGCGGAUUUUUCUGAUUGCUCAGUGGAUCGACAACCAAGUGCAACGUUGCAGGUGUUGUUUGUGAAAUGAAAGGCUUCCGAAAGCGCUGACCACAGGUUUUAGACACAGCAUUCACUGGAGGGGAAUGGCGCUUAUACUCUGUUCACGAUGUGCGUGGAGCGGCAGUGGCGUACAGUCCCGUCGCAGGAGAAUCGCGCUCGGAGGUGCUUUAACGUCUGCUCCAUGCAGAAGACGCAGGGCUCGUCUGAUCUGUGGCUGCCUUAAAGCUCAACUUUUAUUUGAGUGGCAACUUUCAGGUGACAGCAAGAUGGCGCAGUUGGUACGAACUCUCAUAGAUGGGUACCACGACAUCAUGAACAACAAAAGCGAUCCACGCGUCAACGACUGGUUGCUGAUGGGCAGUCCCUUUCCGACGCUGGCGAUCUGCCUCAGCUACGCGUAUUUCGUCAAGGUGCUGGGCCCCAGGAUCAUGGAGCACAGGAAACCAAUGAACCUUAGGCGCGUACUCAUCGUCUACAACUUUGUGCAAGUGAUCUUCAGUGCGUGGCUUUUCUAUGAGAGCCUGGUCGCUGGGUGGCUCCACUACAGCUACAGAUGUCAGCCAGUUGACUACUCCAACAGCCCCAGAGCAAUGAGGAUGGCAAGAGGGUGCUGGUGGUACUACUUUUCCAAGUUCACGGAAUUCUUUGACACGAUAUUCUUUGUUCUGCGCAAGAAGAACGACCACAUCUCCACCCUGCAUGUGAUUCACCACGGCGUCAUGCCAUUGAGCGUCUGGUUCGGAGUUAAGUUCACACCAGGCGGCCACAGCUCAUUCUUUGGAAUGCUCAACACAUUCGUUCACAUCAUCAUGUACUCGUACUACCUGCUUGCAGCCUUGGGGCCGUACUUCCAGAAAUAUAUCUGGUGGAAGAAGUACCUGACUGUUCUUCAAAUGGUCCAGUUCAUACUCGUGAUGGUCCAUGCCUUCCAGCUGCUUUUCAUUGACUGCAACUACCCCAAGGCCUUCGUUUGGUGGAUCGGUCUUCAUGCAGUGAUGUUCUACUUCCUCUUCUCAGACUUCUACAAGCAAACAUACAAAAAGAGGGCAGCAAGAAAAAAAGCCAUUGAGCAACUCAACGAGCAGCAGAAACUAAACGGCCACGUCGGACUCUACCAGGAACACGAUGCCCCGCCCAGCAGUUACACGGCCGAGCCGCGGCACAGAGCGUUUGUGAAUGGCGUGGGCAAGUGAUGUGCGAAUGUUCUGUAGGGGACACGCUACAACCAAAUGCUACCGACGCGUGCUACUCGCAGACCGUGAUAGUGAGUUGAGAUGUACUUGUCAGUGACAACUUCUGUUGGCAAGUGACUGUACUGUGAUAUCAGCAUUGUGUUUUAUCGGCGAUGUCACUUGUCAGUGUCCUUGUGACGUGAGCUGUGACGUGGGUAGAAGUCUUUUGCUUCUAAACAAACCACUGAUAAAAUCGCUUUUGUGUAUUAUGUGGUCUCAAUAGUUAAAUUUUUACAGAGGUUUCAUGUAGAGUUACAUGAGGAGACAUCGUCUUUAUUAGAUAACAUUUUGUGUUUUGUUGGUCGUGAAAAUUUUGAUUGUGGUUUAUGAUGCUGACUCUGAAGGCUACAACCAAAAACUGUGAUUUUGUCAGUGGUUUGUUUUCAUUGGAUGUGACAGUGAAGUCAUCAUUUCUUCGUAUGAAUCCUGUACUUUCUGGGCGUAGUUGUUCGUGGCACCAUGCCGUCGGAAUAAUGCGGAAUGGGAUGAAGUAGUCGACUUACAAAUUAUUUAUGUGCAUUAACACAGGGUGCAUUUCUGAGUAUCAUAAGUUUGUAUGUGACAGUUUUAAUGUAGUCUUAAUAACAUAUUUUCAAUAUUCUGUUAAAAUAUAUAUUUAAAGUAACCUUCAUCCUUUUCCGAGAAUUUAUAACAUUUCUGCAUACCUAAAUGUGAUAGUCAUUAUUUUCAUAUACUCUUUCUGCAUAUGCUUAGAGUGUGCCUUUAAAAGAGUCUAAAAUUUUGAAUCGACUCUACUAAAUUGCUCUGAAAUAAUUUGUUGUUUAUGUUGUGCAUCACGUUGUAGUUGUCUGGCUACCUACGUGAUAAUGAGAAUAGUGAAGAUUGUGUGUUUCAUCUUUGAAUGUGCAUGCAUCUGUCUUUCAGUAUAACAUUUAAAUCUUUGUUACAUGAAAUAUGGACCAGAAUUCAUCUUUGGUGCUCAGUAGGAAGGGCGUAAGUGAAAUGUAAUUUAUGUUCACUUAAGCUCUUCUUAAUUGACCACCAAAAAUACAAUGCAGCUAUUCUACAUUUUGAUUAUGCAUGAAAUAAAUUCUCUGCCCUGUUGGGGAUCGAACCCCAGUCAUCCAGCCCAUGGGUAGUCACUAUACUGACUGACCUCAAACCAUUGACAGCUUCUUUCAGAAUAAAAAAUAUUUGUUUUUUUAACAGAAAUUUGUGGCAGGAUACUUUUAUAUGUGUCUCUGUUUAUAGCAGACAACUCAGCACUGUAAGUCUCUUCAUGUGCAUUGUGUGACACUUCCUUCACAAGUAAUUAUAUAAAUUGUAAUGAGAAAGAUAACAAAAUAUAUGUGUAUAUAUUUUCCAGUACGUGAGAGGAUAAAAUCAUUGCAUUCACUAGAGGAAUGACACUUCUGUGAUUAUGAUGUUCAGUUCAGUCCACUGUGAGGGUGAAAGUCCUGUUUUAUUGAUGUCAAGGGUUUGAGCCAUGAGAGUGUUUGAUGUUUGUAGGGAACUCCAGAUAACAUGAUUGUAUUGCUCAUUCAUAAUUUAAAUAUUACUAACAUAAUGGAAGCUCUUAAGGGAUUUUCAUGCUAUAUCAGUUCCUGUACUCUCUUUGUCUACCAUUGAAUAUGAAUAAUAAUAAUAAUAAUAAUAAUAAUAAUAAUAAUAAUUGGCUUUAAAGAUGCAUUUUGUUAACUUACAAUAAUAUAGAAUUGACAGAAACUGAAUUAGUAAAUUUAAUUAUUACUGUGUUAUAUGUGAACUCUAUUUGAUCACUCCAUGAGAACACGAAGUUCAGCCCCUGAUUCUAAUUCUUUUGUUUUUUCCCAUCACUUCAUAUCCCUUCUCUUACUUUUUGUGUGUUGGAAGGCAAUUUCUUUUGAUAAUGUAUUUGUAAGUCCACAUUAUAUGCGGUAGUUGUGGUAUAUCAUAACCAUUGUCUUGAGUGUUUACUUUGUUAACCUGUCCGGAAUAAUAAGGUGCUUUAUCUGGAAUAAAGACAGUGAAAAUGUGAA